UUCUUUCUUUUUUUUUGACAAAAGAAGGAAAAACAGCUACGGGAAGACGAGCGACGAAUACUUCACAGAAUUUCUUUCAGCAGCUGAAGGAUGAGGCGGAGACCGGGAAUCGGAGGUUUACAGAACGCGGCGGCGGCUAGGGAUCAAUAUCGAUUACUAGGGGAAAAUGUGGCGAAAUUGAGAACUGAUCUUAUGAAAGAGCAGCUAGCUACUUUUCGCUCUCAGCUUGAAGACUUUGCUCGCAAACACAAGAAUGACAUUCGCAAGAAUCCUGCAUUCAGGGCACAGUUCCACGAGAUGUGUGCUAAAGUUGGAGUAGAUCCGCUAGCAUCAAACAAGGGUUUCUGGGCAGAACUGUUGGGGAUUGGCGACUUCUAUUAUGAACUUGGGGUACAGAUCAUUGAAGUAUGCUUGGCUACUAGACCCCACAACGGAGGUUUGAUAAGCUUGGAUGAUCUUUGUAAACUGCUUGGUCAGAGACGGAAAGCUGUUCGCGAGACAAUAUCGGAGGAUGACUGCUUGCGUGCUAUAAGCAAGCUGAAGGUAUUAGGUAGUGGUUUUGAGGUGAUUACAGUGGGAAAGAGAAAGCUUGUUAGAUCUGUCCCUACCGAACUGAAUAAGGAUCACAAUGAAAUUUUAGAGCUGGCCCAGGCUCAAGGCUUUGUGACAGUUGAUGAGGUACAAAGACGCCUAAACUGGUCUUCAGGUCGUGCAACUGAUGCGCUUGAAACACUGUUAGAGGAAGGGCUUGCCAUGAUUGAUGAUGGUCACAGAGAUGGCAGACGUCGAUACUGGUUCCCCUGUGUGUCCUCUAUCUCCUCCUAUGUAGGGGCAGACGCUCUUUAGCGUUUUCCUCAUUCAGAUCUGAGGAUCUUUCGCUUUUGAACCACUGUUCCUUUCAUAACCAGAACUUGGACAAUAGAUUGCUCGUAGAGAUGCAGUCUUUUUCCAUUUCCCUUGGUCCAACAAGCUUUUGAUAUGCAGCUUUUGCAUAUCUUAGAAUGUUGCCCUAUUUGUGUAAUCCGUACAGUGAAAUCAUAGUGUUGAAUCAUUGAUUGUUGUAUGAAGCUUGUUUCAUAUAUUUGAAACGACUUGCCUGUUCUGUGA